GCAUAUUCAUUUAUUUAUAGACAGUACCAUACUGGCGCAUCAAUAAAUGGGGUGGUGUCAAUAAGUAAUUCAGAUAAUUCAUGAAACUUAUUGUCAAUGACCUGUUAAAGAGACAUCCAUGUAAAAAAGCUGGAUAAAGAUUAAGAGAAAACAUUUAGAGAAAAAUUUCUAACGUCUCCUUUUUAAAGAUGAAACUUUCAUUUGUUGCCACUACUCUGCUUUCAGCAAUUGCCUUGGCCCAAGCUGCUUCCAUUAAUGCCAAACGUGAUGAUGGUCUUGUUUUUGGUAAGGGUGGCAGUGCUGUUUUAGGCAAGGAUGACUAUGUAAAAGGUGAUAAAGAUGUCGUUGUCAAAUACGACGAUGGUGUCGUUGUAGGCAAGGAUGGCAAGGACGGUAAAAAUGGUUCUGCAAAGGAUGGCAAGGAUGGCAAGGAUUGUGAGGAUGGUUCUGUGAAGGAUGGCAAGGAUGGUAAAGAUGGUUCUGUAAAGGAUGGCAAGGACGGUAAAAAUGGUUCUGCAAAGGAUGGCAAGGAUGGCAAGGAUGGUUCUCUAAAGGAUGGCAAGGAUGGUUCUCUAAAGGAUGGCAAGGACGGUUCUGACAAGGAUGGUUCAGUAUAGACCCUCCAAAUGAAAUGAUUAAGAAUUUUUCUCAACCAUAUUUUAAUAAACUGUACAAGCAAAGUGCUGGUCUUCAUGUUCCU